AUGACUCUUGAAACACUCACUAAUGCGAGCGAACUUCCGUAUCUGGACGCUUUGUCCUUGAAUUCUAAUUCUGACCCUUUAUUUUCGCAGCAGCAAAUGAACAUAACGAACAGCCCUCAGAAUUGCACACAGGUAGAGAGAUUCAGCAGCUCGCCAACGUCAACACAUCAAGACUCCUCGUCAAACUUGCCCAUCAUGUAUGUGAAGAAUUGCGUUGGUCGAGGGGUGGAUGACGGUAGAAUGCGAUGGAUGGAGUCGUGCCAGUCUGGCUUGACCUUGGAUGGCAUCGGUUUACAAAAUCUGGAAAUGCACCAACAAGCUCGAGGACCGAGAAAGCACUUGAAGCGGCUUAAUGCCCCAUCCGCAUGGAUGCUUGACAAGCUUAGUGGUACUUAUGCUCCUCGUCCUUCUCCCGGUCCUCACAAAUUACGCGAAUCCCUUCCUCUUACCAUCUUCCUCCGCAACCGUCUGAAGUACGCGUUAACUGGCCGUGAAGUCACUGCAAUCGUCAACCAGCGCAUAAUUCGUGUUGAUGGCAAGGUUCGCACUGACGAGACUUUCCCGACGGGUUUCAUGGACGUGGUUACCAUCGAGAAGUCUGGCGAACAUUUCCGUCUGCUGUACGACGUCAAGGGACGUUUCGCAAUCCACCGCAUCACCCCCGAGGAAGCUUCCUACAAGCUCUGCAAGGUCCGCAAAAUUGGCAUUGGUCGUAACGCCGUCCCCCACAUCGUCACCCAUGACGGUCGUACCAUCCGUUACCCCGAUCCCCUCAUCAAGGUCAACGACACUGUCAAAUUCGACUUUGAGCAGAAUAAAAUUACCGACUUUGUGAAGUUUGACACUGGAAACAUUGUCAUGGUCACUGGUGGUCGUAACAUGGGUCGUGCUGGUGUUAUCGUGCACCGUGAGAAGAACGAUGGUGGACAUGACAUGGUUCACGUCCGCGAUGCGCUCGACCGGACUUUCGUUACUCGGGUCAGCAACAUUUUCGUCAUUGGUGAGGGUAUCAAGCCAUGGAUCUCUCUGCCGAAGGGCAAGGGGACUAAGCUCACCAUCUCCGAAGAGCGUGACCUUAGAAGGAAGCAGCGUGCGGAGAGGGACACAUAGAUACGUCUGUCAUGUCGCUAUGGUUUCUGUCUUUUCAUUUCUGUAGGCUGGGCAUGUACUUCCUGCUCCGACAAAAAUAAUAUGUUGCAUUUCGUGAUUUA